GUGGAUGAUUCACGUGGUCUCGCGCCCCGGCGCAAAAAUCGCGCAUCCACCUGGGCCAUAGGUGCUGGCGUCGUUGGGAUCUUGGGCGACGCGCAGUCGUCUGGAUCGUAGGCAUUCUGGUCCGGUCAUAGGUACUGCGUGGUUGGGGUGGUUUGGGUGGGUUGUUCUUGCGCUUCAUCGCUGAAACGCGAUCUGCGUCAGGAUGGGCCAAACAAAGAUCGCGUACCAGAGUUAGAGUGCAACAAUGUCCAACGAGUUGACCGAGGUGUUCGUGGGCCUGAGCAGCGAUAUUCUGGAUGAUGGUGUCGUGCUCUUCCCAAAUGACAGCAUCUUGAACAUCUCCAUCAAGAUGGCUGCCCUGGGCUCGCUUCCAUCGAUCACCCACAUCCUCCGAGGCCUGGUUCCACACCAAGUUCUUCACGCCGAGCCCCAUGCAACCAAGACCCACAAGAUCUGGUUCUUUGAUGGGCUCCUCUGGAAGCAUGUGGAUCUGGACUACGCCCUGACCAAGCUUCUCACUGAUCCCCAGGGCGCCUUCCAGGGGUGGGUCGAAGUGGUUCGAGCAAGGUAUGCCAGCUCGAACAAGCUCAAACAUGCCAAGGAAGUGGUCAAGGAGAUCAAGCACACUCUGGGAAGCAUCCCAGACAUCAUCAAAGACAGGUACAGAUUCGCCCUGGCGUUCCAGCACGAAAAAUUCAACAUCGAGACCUUUGCCAUCACCCACGCCAAUGCAUCGACCAACACCAUCCUCUUCGCCAAUGGGAUUGUGCUGGAGCUGCCUGGCCUCAAGGCUCGUCGGGUCAAUGCUGGUGACUGCUUCACCCACUCGCUUCCAGUCUCGUACGUGGUUGACGACUUUUAUUGUGGCGUCGAUGGCAAAGUCUACAAGCUGGAGGAGAUAAUUCGCUCGAUGCUGGGCAAGAGCAGUGAUAGAGAGUACCACCUGCUCUUGCGUUUCCUGGCAACAUGCCUCACCGCCAAAUCUCGUACGUCCGAGUCAGCUCUCUUCUUGGUGGGGAACGACCAAAAUCAUGGCAAGCGCCUGCUCCUGCGUCUGAUCCAGCAUGCAUUGGGCUCGCGCAUCCUGAGCGUCCCAGGCAAUAGGCUGGUCUCGCGGAUCAACCCUCCCAGCGGUGCCCAUGUCAAGGAGCUUGUGACCGAGGCCCUGGACGCUGGUGCCACCUGCAUUCUGGGCGAAGGACUCAAGAGCUCGCAAUUCAUCGUCAAGACCAGCCACAUCCCCACUCUCACAUCGGUCACCUCAAUCCAACUCGACCACCGAGCCAUGGGGGAUGUGCCUUUCGACAUGGGGCGAAUCAAGACGAUCGUCAGUGUCGACUCGUGGCCCGGCUCGUUUCGCCUCGUGGGGGAUGAGGUCUGCGCCAAGGAGAGCAUCGUGAUCAAUCUGGCACAAAACAUCACUGUCGAUCCAGUGACCAUGGCAUGUGUGGAAGAUGGUGGGUUCGACCAAGCUGUGAUUGCACUCAUGUUGCGUUACCUUGCUCCUGGCAGGGAGAUGCCCGCCUGGAUCUCCAAGGACUGAGUGCCA